UCAUGUCGACCGCUAGCGUGUCGCCGACUAACCUCUCUCGCGCCACGUUUCUCCUCGUUCUCCUCUACAUCAAAAGUUUAGCCGGUUCACUGCUGUACAUCGGUCCGUCCUUCUUCAAGGAGCCGCCACCCCAAGCGGACUUCGCCAACGACACCGGGGUGCGGCUGGACUGCGCGGCCGGCGGGAGCCCGGUGCCCUCGGUCUCGUGGCUCUACGGCGACGGGAAGCCGGUGAGCCCGAUCCCGCAGAUCCUCGAGCUCCUCCCCAACGGCUCCAUCCACUUCCUCCCGUUCGCCCCGAGCAGCUACCGCAUCGACGUCCACUCCAACACCUACCGCUGCCAGGCCGCCAACCUCGUCGGACGCAUCGUCAGCCGCGAUGUCCGCGUCAGAGCAGUGGUGCUGCAGGCGUACGAACUCAUGGUUGAGUACAGCAACACGGCGGUACGCGGGUCCACAGUCUUCCUUCGGUGCACAGCGCCCUCUUUCGUUAGAGACUUUAUCACAAUAACCUCCUGGGUCCAAGACUCUGCCUUCAACAUAUACCCAUCAAUUAAAGGAGAUGGAAAAUAUCAUAUGCUGCCAAGUGGAGAACUUUUAAUUCGAAAAAUUACAGACGCAGACAGGUAUAAAGAAUACCAAUGUAGAGGUGUCAACAAGCUCAGCGGCGUUUCGCUCGUUAGUUCCAACACAGCUCGUUUCACUGUCACGGAUGUUGGUCUCUCACUGCCACGAAGUCCGAGGAGAUCAACGACCAUUUACGCCCGAAAAGAUCAGCCCACCGUCUUGCCUUGUUUCUCUGAAGGAUUCGUCUCACCAACAUAUCGGUGGUUUCGUGAGGACAGCCCGGACCGAGGAGCGAAAGACGACCGGAUCCUGCAGAUGGAGGAGCGGCUCGUCAUCCAGCACGUGGAGGCGGAGGACGACGGGGUGUGGAUCUGCGAGGUGAACGGGACCUCGGGCUCCGGGCCGGGGGCCUCCGGGGUGGUGGAGCAGCUGCGGGUGGCGCUGGUGGUGCGGACGCCGCUGGCGGUGACGUUGAGCCCGGGCGGGGAGGUGACCGUGGACGUGGGCUCGCGGCUGGCCGUGCGCUGCCUCGUGGCCGGCGCCGGCGGGCGCGGGCACCUGUCCCGGACGUGGCUCCGCAACGGGCAGGCCGUCGGCCCGGCCACGGCCCCGCACGUCGCCGCCACCCAGGACACCCUCGUCGUCGAGCGGGUCAAGAAGGAGGACGCCGCCAUGUACCAGUGCGUCGCCAAGACCGACGAGGAGAGCGCCCAGGCGGCCGUCCAGCUCAUGCUCGGAGCGGCUCAACCUCAGCUCCUGUACAAAUUUAUUCAGCAAACUUUACAGCCAGGACCACCUGUAUCACUGAAGUGCAUAGCCUCUGGAAAUCCAACUCCUCAGAUCACGUGGAAGUUAGACGGCUUUCCACUGCCACAAACUGAGAGGUUCGUGAUGGGACAGUAUGUCAGCUUGCAUGGGGAUGUGAUAAGUCAUGUCAACAUCAGUAGUGUUCAAGUUCAGGAUGGUGGAAUCUAUCAAUGCACCGCUGUGAACAAAGUUGGAGAAAUAUCACAUUCGGCAGAAAUGAGAGUUUAUGGGCUGCCAUUUGUUCGACCCAUGCCCAACAUAUCCGCUGUUGCAGAAGAACCCCUAUUCAUUGCUUGUCCUGUUGCUGGUUAUCCGAUAGACUCUAUUACAUGGGAGAAAGAAGGAAAAAAAUUGCCGCUAAAUAGAAGACAACAUGUAUUUAGCAAUGGAACUCUCAUGAUAAAAAAUGUUCAAAGAGAAGCUGACAAGGGGUUUUACAGCUGUACAGCAGAAAAUAAACAAGGCCGAUCAAGUUCACAGAGUUUAUAUAUGAAUGUGAUAGCGCCUCCUAAGAUUGGGCCUAUUAAUUUUGGUGAAGUCGUUGAAGGAGUGCGAACUCAAGUGCCUUGCGUCAUACAAUCAGGUGACCUGCCACUGUCAAUUCAGUGGCUAAAAGAUGAUCAGCCUAUUCCGUUACAGCUCAAUAUUCAAAUCAGAAAAGAUGACGAGUAUUCUAGUUCUCUAAUCAUCCCAAAGGUUGGUCGCGAGCACUCAGGGAAUUACACGUGCGUCGCUAGCAACCCAGGAAAAUCAUCAAGCGUACUCGCAAGUUUAGUUGUGAGCGUUCCUCCACGAUGGUUGUUGGAGCCAAGAGAUUUAAAUGUGACCCGGGGAAGUCCAGCUGUCCUUGACUGUCAAGCAGAGGGUUUCCCAACCCCAACAUCAACUUGGAGGAAAGUCUUAGGCAACCAACCAGGCGAAUACCAAGAUUUGUCUGUAAGAAGUAGAGGCAUUGAGCUGUUAGCUAAUGGGACUUUAUACAUCCGGCAAACCCUCCCGGAGCACCAAGGCCUUUAUUUAUGUGAAGCAGUCAAUGGAAUCGGUGCUGGAAUAAGUGCAACCAUCUCUCUUAUCAUUCAUAAUCCUCCACAGUUCGUGGUGCAAUCAUCUCAAGUUAGUGCACGACGUGGCGCUCCUCAAACUUUGCAAUGUCAUGCACACGGAGACCAGCCUCUAACAAUUACUUGGUCACGUGAUAAUGCCCUCCCUCAUCUUCAGUUUAAUCCAAGGUACGAGGUGAAGGAAGAAAAAGUCAAAGGAGGCACAGUUUCAGAUCUUGUAAUUGAUGGAACAACAAAGGCGGAUGCAGGCACUUUUUUAUGCACAGCUAGCAAUCCAUACGGUCGAUCUCAAAGAACCAUUCAUCUACAAGUUCAAGAUGCACCCGGACGACCUCGUGAUGUACAUGUUGUUCAAUCAGACAGCAGGAACCUUAAAAUAUCGUGGUCUCCGCCUCUGGACAGUCAAACAACAGCUCUGCAGUACACCGUACUCUAUCGCAAAGAACAAGGCACAGAUGAUGAGUGGAUUAGCCAGUCAGUGAACAGCGAGCUCAGUGUUACCAUUCAAAACUUGAACCCUGCUGUAGUUUACUCCGUAAAAAUCGUUGCGGAGAAUGAGCUUGGAGCAGGAGAGCCCAGUGAAAUCAUCACUGUGAAAACAGAAGCAGAACCUCCCGCCAAAGAGCCUCAGGACAUCAGGGUGGAGGCUGUUGCUUCUGACAAGCUGAAACUAACAUGGACAGCUCCAGAAAGAGAGUUGUGGAAUGGAGAAAUUCUCGGAUACUACGUCGGAUAUAGAGAAUAUGGAUUUGGACGACCUUCAAGUUACAAUUUCACAACUAUUCCAGCAGUGUACGGUUCAACUAGUUCUGCAGUUCUGUCUGGCCUUAAGAAAUUUCGGAAGUAUGGUGUCGUCGUCCAAGCAUUCAAUGAAAAAGGCCCGGGCCCAAUGUCAAGUGAAGUACUUGCUCAAACCCUAGAAGAUGUUCCAUCUGCCCCCCCAGAUGACAUCAGUUGUGAGUCACUCAGUUCGCAGAGUAUUGCUAUUCAGUGGCGACCUCCUCCGCAGUUAUUUCAAAAUGGUCAUAUUCAAGGCUACAAGUUAUAUUACGAAAGCAUGGAAGAACCUCCAAUGCCAGGUCACAUUGAGGCAGAAACUUUGCAGCUCACAGCAACGUCAGCAGAAAUUCAUAAUUUGCAAAAGUAUACCAAUUACAGUAUUCAAGUUUGGGCUUUCACAAAAAUUGGUGAUGGUGUUCGCAGUAAACAAGUUUUCUGCUUCACAAAUGAAGAUGUUCCAGAAGCUCCGAGCGGUGUAAAAGUUCUCCCAAGCUCUUCAACAUCUCUGACAUUGAGUUGGGCUGCCCCUCAGAAAGCAAAUGGGAAAUUAACCAGUUACACAGUUUACUACAGGAUUUUGUCAUCGGGGCAUGAAAUAGACUCCCUAAAAAGAAGAUUUCCUCCGACUCAUACUUUUUAUCAAUUUCACGAUUUCAAAGCUGGACUGACGUAUGAGUUCUGGGUGACAGCAUUUACCAAAGUUGGUGAAGGACAAAGCACUCAAGCUGUCUAUGGAUCUGUUUCAAAUAAAGUUCCCGCGGGUAUUGUGUCUUUCGGAAAAAAUGUACAUUCAAAAAUCCACAGCCUUGUUCGUCUUCCUUGCAUCGCGGUUGGUAUUCCUGCUCCCAAACGAAGCUGGUUGAAACCAGAUGGAUCCUCUACGUUUGAAAAUGAAGAUUUUUUUGAAAUAUCUCAAGCGCAGAAGCACCAUCAAGGCAAUUAUACUUGUUCAGCUUUUAAUGUUGAUGGCUCAGACAGGAUUACUUACAGUCUUCAUAUCUUAGUCCCCCCAUCAGCCCCAGAAAUUCGAGUGAGAAGUUCAGGGACAUCUUGGAUUCAAAUCGAGUGGAGUGUAGCAGACACUGGUGGUAGUGCCAUCAGAGGGUUUAUCUUGACGUACCGCCAAGAAGGAUUAGGUGAAGCAUCAGAAGUUUACAUUUCAAGAGACGCAAAUUCAUAUCAAUUGGACUCCCUUCAGUGCGGCGUUGAAUACCAACUGCAAUUACUCGCUUACAAUAACAUUGGUCAGGGGAAGCCAUGUCCAGUGUUGACAGCAAAAACAGAUGGUUGGAAGCCGGUCAAGCCAAGUCAUGUGGAGUUUAUCGAUGCGAACACAACUUCAGUCACUUUGUAUCUGAAAGCUUGGAAUCCCAACGGCUGCCCGAUCAUAAACUUCAAGAUCGAGUAUAAAGAGCCAGUUCAUUCCGACUGGAUGACAGUGGGAAGUCAUGUUGGUAUGAAUACAGUCACUAUUCCGAACCUUUGGCCUGGAACUCUGUACCAUCUGAGGGUAACAGCUGAAAACAGUGCAGGAAUGACUUUAGCGGAAUACUCAGUUAGCACCCUGUCUACGCUUGGUGGAACAUUCAGCCCUGACUCAGUCCGGUAUAACACACAGGAUGGAUCAAAUUUUUCCAUGGAGUUUGGCUCUCUACUUCCUGUUUUUCUUUGCGCUGUGGUAUUCACCGUAUUUGCUGCCUCCAUUGCUCUGUGCCUUCAUAGAAAAAGAGUUCAUGAAGGGGACAUGCAUAGAAGACACUCAACUUCACACACAUCAGAUAUUCUGGAGAACAAACAAAAUAUGUCCCAGAGAGAGCAGUAUUAUGCUGCUAUUCGUAAAGGUCUCUCUCCUGGCCGGGAUCUUCAGAGCAUGGAAAGACUACCAGUUGUGCGGGAUAGAAUAUCAUCACCUGCCUAUAUGGAAAGUUUUCUGUACCCAGACCAUAGGUUGGCAAACAUGGAGACACUGCAGCUGAAAAGUUCAAAUCGUGGAGAAAGGGAGUACGCAAGGAUUAAAGGAGGGAAAUACAAUGGCAGCGAACCUGACUACUCAGGAUCAACAACGGAUCAGUACUCGGAGCUUGGUGUCAAUACCAGGGAUAGAAUACCCCAAACCAUUACAUAUCCAGAAUCAAGUUCAUCUCCGGAGCCAUCCCCACUGAUGGAAAGGCGGAGCCGUUGGUCAAAACCUCAUGUUAGGCGUGACGAAAGUUCUGACUUUUCUCUGUCUGCUCACUUAGCCCCUCCUCCGUGUGGAUUUACAGAUAUGAACGAGCACAGUGAGGCAGAAUGUGAUAUUUCUACCGUGGGGAAACUGAAGGUCUUCAAAAAGAAGAUCCAUCGCUCAAGUAAAAGCUCUCUAUCUAGUCAAAAACCUCUGUUCUCGACCGAAGAGCACAAUUUUACUAUUGCUGUAUAGUUAGAUGAACAGUUGCUCUUUGGGAUUUGUAUCAAAUUAUUUUAUUUUUCUGCCGCCUUCCAUUUUUGUCUCCAAGUCAAACACCGCUGAUGUUGCAACAGUAGGGUAUUUAUGAGUUAAUUUCUGAUCUACAUAUCAAAUUUUGCCAAACAUUUAAUUGAUUAGCCACUAUUUUUUGUUCAAAAAUUCCAGCUUCAACCGACAACUUGCCGAACAUUCAAUCAUGAAAAUGUGCAUUUGCAAAAAGAAUUUAAUAUCAUGCGUCUUUAGAAAAUCUUUGGCUCACCAUCAUUACAACUUAAAAGGAAAAUUAACUUUUCACUUUGGAAUACCAAAGUGAUUAGCUACUAUUUUUUGUUCAAAAAUUCCAGCUUCAACUGACAACUUGCCGAACAUUCAAUCAUGAAAAUGUGCAUUUGCAAAAAGAAUUAAAUACCAUGCAUCUUUAGAAAAUCUUUGGCUCACCAUCAUUAAAACUUAAAAGGAAAAUUAACUUUUCACUUUGGAAUACCAACAAGCAAAGUAAAAUGCGACAUCUGAUCUUAGUUGUUAAAACAAAACAGGUCUUUGGAAUGAGUUUAUUUUAACCAUUUUAAAGAUAGAUUGCCACUCUGCACUGAUGCUUUAUCACUGGUGAUUUGGAUACAAAUUGUCUGUCUCUUUUUAAAUGUUAAACUUUGUUAAAUUUUAUUGAUAGGAUAAACUUAUCAAAAUACGCUUAAAAUGGUUCCUAGUAGAUAUUUAUUUCAGUUAUAUCUUACUUUUAUGUGUUUUGUUUUUUCUUCUUCUUUUUUCAUCAGUAAAUUUGAAUUUAAUGAGGAAUAAAAAUCCUCCUCCUCCUUUUUUUCUUGCUUUUAUUGUUUGUGGUGAUGAACAUUCAUUAUAGCAGAUAGCUGGAAUAAAGCUAGCACUUUUCAUGUUUCAGUCAUCAAAUCAGGAACUUUUGAUAUUUUACAGAAUUUCUAGUCAUUUAAUCAAAAUAAUUAUACUUUACCUUGACUCAAAAGUUGCUUUUAGGGGUAGUUGUGCCAAUAAAUUUUACCUGAGUGUGCAAUUUGAUUCAAAUAGACCAUUGUUUUUCUUGUGAGUGCAGGAUUCAAAAUUCCCAUAGUCAAUGUAAACUAAAAAUUGUAAUAUCUUAAGUAUGUAAAAGUUGUUUUUGGUAAUUUUUGUUGCAAGACGGGGGUUCCACAUGAAAUUUUGGCAAGGAAUCAAGUACCAGAAUGCUUAAAUUUGCACAUUGUCCAGUAGUCUAUUUGUAACGAAGGGCUUAAAUUAUCUAACCAGAGGUUGCCAUUUAUUCUGUCAUGAAAAUGACAGUAUGAAAGAUCAUUUAAUGAGUAUUUUACCCUCAGUUUAAUGAAGUGUCAUCUAAACAUUUCUAAGUGUCAAGAGAAACCAAUAUGCCUUUAUCUACAUCGACUCCAUGCUCAAGCUAUUUCAAAAUGUGAAUAUCAGUAUCAAAAUGUAUUUCUCUGAGCAUGUAAAUACACGCCUUGCACUGCCCUUAAGACUGAUUCAAAGCAUCUGAAUUUUGAUGUUUCAAAAUAUCACAAAAACCAAUCCACAAAUACUUCUAAUAUUAAUGCAAUUUUACUUUCUUAUAAACUUAAUUGCUCAUUUUUAUACGUUUUUCGUUUGAGAUCUUGUGUAGAGUCAAUGCACUAAUUUGGUUGGUUAAAUACUCUCUCUUUAGUUCAGUUUUGUAAAAUUUUUCAUGUUUUAACUUAUUGUGUACCUAUCAAUAGGUAUUAGUCAUUUUUUAAAUUUUUUUUAAGAAAUAAAAAAUUAGACCAGGGAAUUAUGUACAGUAUUGUUGCAUAUAUUGAUUUAUUUGUACCUCUUUAAAUUUUUUUAUUAAUAAAUCUAUUUUAUAUUUUUUA